AUGAGCAGAGGACCUGCUGCCUCCUCCUCCUCCUCCUCGUCUCUCCGCUCCAUCAGGCCCAGGCUGAACCUCCGGAACAAGCUCAGGGAAGCACAGUUCGCCUGGCUGCUCGGCUGCUCGCUGCUCCACCAGUUCCUCCUCACGAUGACAACUUUCCCCCUGGACUCCGUCCUGUCCUUCCCGCGCCUGGACGGCGUAAGGAAUGGCCCAUCCGCGGCCCCUAAGGCACUGGCUUUCUCUAUCGACCGGAUCAUGUCCAAGAGCUCGGGGCCCCGGGGGGCCUCGGACCACCGGACCGGAGGAGCGGAUCUAUCAGACGGCAGGAAGCUGCUUGGUGUGUGCUCGCCGGUGCCCUGCAUGAUCCCGCUGCAUCCAUUCAGCUACGACCUCCAGGCCAAGGCGCUGCUUAACUACUCCGAGUUCUGGAAGGCUAACUUCAGGGGAGCGUUGUGCGGUUCCUCCAGCGCGUCGUGCAAAGCAAACUGCGGGAUGUGUAGCAAGGUGGAGCCGGGGCUGAAGCACCCUCUUCUGACGGGCUGCAGCAGGGUGAUUAAGCCCCAGGUCAUCCACCAGGCCAUGACCAUGCCGGCCGGAGGCUCGCUGUACUAUCUCAACUACCUGGACGCCGCGGGUUACCCACCGGCGGAGCUGCUGACGGGCCAGCUCUUCUCCUCGACCCUGGCCGGCUCCCAGGCCCAGGCCUCCUCGCUAUCCCAGCACCACAAACUCUUACUGCUGGAGAGCGCCAAGCUGGCGGCCGGGGGUUCGGCCGACAAGUUCCCCUCGCCUCAGUACCCGCACAAGGAGCAUUUACCCGGGCAACUGGACCAGAUCGUGAAGGAGAACCACAGCCUGAACUCGGAGAAGAGCGGCGCAAAAGCGCACAGCAAGCCGGGCCACCACGGCGCCACGGCGGCGGACGGGAAGCCCAAGAACUUCACCUGCGAGGUCUGCGGGAAGGUGUUCAACGCGCACUACAACCUGACGCGGCACAUGCCCGUGCACACGGGCGCGCGGCCCUUCGUCUGCAAGGUUUGCGGGAAAGGCUUCCGCCAGGCGAGUACGCUGUGCCGGCACAAGAUCAUCCACACGCAGGAGAAGCCUCAUAAAUGCGCGCAGUGCGGGAAGGCGUUCAACCGCAGCUCCACGCUCAACACGCACAUACGCAUCCACGCGGGCUACAAGCCCUUCGUCUGCGAGUUCUGCGGGAAAGGUUUCCACCAGAAAGGAAACUACAAGAACCACAAGCUGACGCACAGCGGGGAGAAGCAGUACAAAUGCUCCAUCUGUAACAAGGCCUUCCACCAGAUCUACAACCUCACCUUCCACAUGCAUACGCACAACGACAAGAAGCCCUUCACCUGCGCGACGUGCGGUAAGGGCUUCUGCAGGAACUUUGACCUGAAGAAACACAUCCGAAAGUUGCACGAUAACAGUGGGUCUGCCGCGGCGGCCUCCUCCAGAGAGAUCCCCCGCUGA